GGCGUUGGGUCUAUUAGGUGAUGACAGAGAGUGGGCUGAAGCGUUCACUAAAGCAUCAGCGUGGGUCACAUCUUCAGAGUUAAGGUCUCUUUUCUGUCAUUUGCUUUUAUUUUGUGAGGUCGGUAACCCUUUAGUUUUAUGGCAAUCAGAGUGGAAAAAGAUGGCGGAUGAUCUACUCUUGACUCUUAACUCUACUUUGUCAAAUCCGACCUCACUUGUCAACGAUUUUGAUUUGCAACAGCAAGUCCUAUUAGAGCUUGAAAAAAUAUUGAAUUCCACUACUCCCUCUAAAUCGCUUAAGGAUUUCGGCCUUCCUUUACCCUCUUAGAGUAUCCUUGCAACUUUGAGAAAUCACCUUUUGUUAGAGGAAGUCAGUUAUGAUAGAUCAGCACUGAGUCUACAACAUUUGCAAAUGCAUUCACAACUAAAUAUGGCCCAACUUCAAGUUUACAAUGCAGUUAGAGAUUCAUAUGUUAAUAAAACUCAGUUGUUACUGUUUGUUUACGGGCACGGUGGCACCGGGAAAACUUUUCUGUGGAACACGAUCAUUUCUUUCUUUAGAUCCAUUGGGAAGAUUGUGUUAGCAGUGGCUGCAUCAGGAAUUGCCUCCCUUCUUUUACCAUCGGGAAGAACGGCACAUUCUCGAUUCAAAAUACCUAUAGAUCUUACAGAACAAUCAACGUGUUAUAUCAAGAAAAAAACACAGUUGGGCGACCUUUUAAAACAGACAUCAUUAGUAAUUUGGGAUGAAGCCCCCAUGAGUGAUCGGCGUUGUUUUGAGUGUCUUGAUAGAUCAUUGAAAGAUGUUUUGGGAAACGAUACGGACUUCUUUGGUGGUAUGUCUAUACUUCUAGGAGGUGAUUUUCGGCAAACUCUCCCGGUCAAACCGAAAAGUACACGGUCUGAGAUUCUCAACUCAACGUUACCAAGGUCUUAUCUAUGGCCGUCUUUCAAAGUAUACACACUAACCCAGAACAUGCGUCUCAAUGGGGAUACUCAAAGCUCAUCUACUACUCAAACAUCUGCUAUGUUUGCGUCAUGGUUGUUAGAUAUUGGAAAUGGUUUGAUUGGCGAACCCGAUGCAGAUGAUCCCCAUAACACAAAAACCAUUGAAAUCCCACCAGACUUUCUUAUUCAACAAGAAGCAAACAAUCUUCAAUCUUUAAUCAACUUUGUUUAUGAUGAUUCAAUACUCAAAAAUCCAUGCGCUAACAAUUUGUCAACUAGAGCAAUCGUGUGUCCAAAAAAUGAUACAGCUGACAAGAUCAACAACAUGAUUUUAAAUAUGACUCCUGGAGAUAUCAAAUCUUAUACAAGUCACGACUCUAUGAUAUCUCGUAUGCAAAACUCGGUGCACACAAAUGCAGCAUGAGAACAUUUCCUCUUCAAAUCUCUGAUCCAGGAAGACAGGAAGACCUGAACAGAAGUCAGAGUUUUAAGAAUCUGCAUCCACACUUUAGACCGUACGAACCUUGCUCUUCAUUUCUGACCAGUGAUGGAGUUUCCAUUCAGUAUUUGGGUCAUAAAGCUCACUAACAUUUUUCAAGUCAAAAACCGCUACAAAACAGGAGACUUUCACAACAGCAUAGGGUAUACCAACAUCAAUGCAACAGAUUUAUAUCUCAUCCAACCAAACACUUUAUAACUAGUAUGUUCGUCCAAAGAAACACAAAGUGGAAUUCAUGAGCGGCAAUCAGGUUGCGUUUCGCCUCAAUUCAAUAGGAUCACACCAGAAUUCGUACCACACUACCAUGAAACUUCACCGUGAAACAAGAUUGUGAUAACCUUUUGUGAAGAGAAGGCGAUGUUAGUUUGGAGAUAACAUUCAGUCCAAAGACAUACUUGCAGUGGCUUCAACAUCCGUCUCCGAAUACAAAGGAAUGCUACACCUAGAAAUGACACCGGCAACUACAGUGCCAAUCAAUCAAAGCAUGGAAAACACACUGUAAUUUUGGUUGUCAUUGUAUAAUAAAAAAAAUCGUACUCA